AUGUUCGCGAAGCUUCUCAUUUUAUCCCUCGUGUUCGGCGCUAGCCGUGCCCAAAGUCAUCGUGUGUGCAUUUUGUCGUCUUCAUCGUCACUAUGCCAGAGUUUAGACAAAGACGGGAGCCAGGCGACGUGCAGCAGAGUGGAAACUAGAAUUGACUGCGCUUUGAGACUGGCUCGCGGAGAAGCGGACAUUGGCUUCUUCACCGAGGAGGAGCUACUUCUAUUAUCACAGCAGCAGCCAAACGACAAUAGGGUCAUCGCAACCGUCAGAGACGUCAGUAGAUUGGAGACGUUCUCCUUCGAAGCUGUGGCUGUAGUUCCGAAUAACCACACCGGAGGACUUGAUGGGUUGCGUGGUGGUAGAUAUUGUCAUCCCGGAUUCGACCAGUCCGACCUGAGAUGGUCCCCAAGAGUGCUCAAGACUUUGGAAGAAGUGGCCGCGCGCACCGACCGUUGCCCCGACGUGGACACGAACAGAAAAACGGCCGAGGAAAUCGAAGUGGAAACAUUAAGCUCCUUCUUCUCAGCUGCCUGCAGACCUGGGACCUGGAGUUCAAACUCUACAGUUGACGCCGACUUAAAAACGCGUUUCCCCUCUCUGUGCUCCCUAUGCGGUGGGAGCUCCGGCUGCACAGGAUACAGCAUAGACAUGGGCAUCAGCGUCGCCGGAGUCAAUAACCAGAACCGCCACAUCCAGGCCUUGGAGUGCUUGAGGGUCAGCACGAAUGACAGCGUCCCCACAGUGGCGUACGCGGCCUGGCUUCACGUCCGGAACUAUUUUAAUAUCCGCAACCCACAAGACGCAGCCUCAUUCUCCCUGCUGUGUCCGGAUGGAACUCUUCAGGCGUUGACCCCUGAGAUCUUGAGCAACCCCGUGGCACCUUGUUCGUUCGUGAAGCAACCCUGGGGAGCUAUUGUCGCGUCUACGGCUGCAGCUUCCACUGUCCUCACCAAUCUCCAGGCCUGGUGGCCGACUGGUACUGAUCCCGGAGCGAACUCUUGGCAGUCGGUAUUGUUCAGCGGCCUCAUUGGGGGCGCGAACGCGAGGGUUGUCUUCGAGCAAACCCCCGUUGCUCCAGCCAAUUAUACCGCUCCGAUACGUAGCAUUCCCGCUAUAGACUCGACGGCGUCCUGUCUUCCGGCUCAACGCUGGUGUACCACGAACUUAAACGAGCAAACCAAGUGCUCUUGGGUUAGAGCAUCAGCCUACACCCUCGGCAUUCAGCCGGCAAUCUCCUGUCAGCAGAGGAGCUCGGUCUUCGACUGCCUCACCGACAUCAAGGAAUCAAGAGCCGAUUUUAUUGCCACUCCCUCCAAUUAUGGAUAUAUCGCAAGGCAACAUUACCGCCUCUCGCCCGUGAAACUGGUUCAGAACACCAGAUCCGGAGCGUCUCGGGUGGCGGCCUUCGUCAAGGAAACGGCCGCAGCGCAGGAGAACAUCACGCGCUUCGAGAACCUUCGAGGAAAGAAGGCCUGCUUCCCAGAAUUUGGAGGGCUUGCGUACGUCGCGUUCGUGCGCACCGCCCAGCUGCGGGGCGUGAUCAGCGAGACAGAAUGCGAUUAUGUGAAAGCUGUAGGAGAGUUUUUCGACGGCGCCUGCGCCCCGGGAGCAUUGGACGCCUCUCACACCAUCACGGAAACCACCUUCAACGCGACCUCGUUGUGUUCUGUGUGCAGGCCACUCAUCCCCACACCUGAUAACUGUAAUAAAAUGCCUCGGAAGGGUGCUAAAGAAGACGAAGAAUGCUUUGCUGAACCUGCUCCACAAAUUUCCUUCUGCGAAUUAGAAAAAUCUAUGACUGCAUUUUCUGGUGACGAUGCAUACGGCGUGGAUACCUUUAUAAAGGAUUUUGAAGAUAUCGCUAAUCUCAUGCAAUGGACGGGCAUUGAAAAACUGAUCUACGCAAAAAGGCUUUUGAAGGGGACAGCAAAAUUGUUCCUGAGAUCUUUGACUGGUACGACUACAUGGGAACUCUUGAAAACGGGAUUAAAAGAGGAAUUUGGACUACAUCUGAACAGCGCAGCCAUUCACAAGACCAUAUCAAAUAGGAAGAUGAAACCAGGUGAAACCUACCAACAAUAUUUUUUGCAACUCAAAGAACUAGCAAUUUUAAGUUAUUUUUUUUGUUUUCUUUCAGUUCACUUACAAGCGUUAGGACUGCAAGCCAAUCAGUUCCGUGCCCUCUGUCAGAACAACACGCUCGCCGCCACGCCUGGCGUGUUCAUUGACGACAACUGUCUCCUCGCUUACGUUGUCGACGCGGAGGUUCUGUCCAGAAGAGGCGACCCGCUGAACAACGCUCUGAACGUUUUAUUCGAUUCGCUGGACGCGUACUUCGGCUACAACACGGCGGCCGCGAACCAGCUCAUCAAUUUGGAUUUGUUCUCGCCUUUCAACGGGAUUAGCGAUUUGUUGUUCAAGGACUCGACUAUAGGCCUAACGGAGCCCACGGGCGAGGCUCCUCACGAACCCGCCAGGAACUACAUGGAAUUGUUCAGACACUUGGACGCGUGCAGCCGGGCGACCCCGCAAGUGCCCGAUAUUGCGAACCGCGCCGCCUUCUCCGUUAUAACGAUGCUCGUUAUGAGUUUCUUAACGAGAUUUGUCGUUUAUUAA